AUGACGGCAACGUCUUCAAUCCAUACACGGACAUUGCAGGCGAUUUUUCUGGAGUCGGAACAGGUGAUCCGACAACUAACCGAAGAAGAAAUUGAGGAGUUCAAGGAGGCAUUUCUACUUUUCGAUAAGGACGGGAACGGUACGAUUUCAACGAAGGAGUUGGGCAUUGCGAUGCGUGCACUUGGGCAAAAUCCGACGGAACAACAAAUUCUGGAGAUCAUUAACGAUGUGGACAUUGAUGGGAACGGUCAAGUGGAGUUUCCAGAGUUUUGCGUGAUGAUGAAGAGGAUAAUGAAAGAGACCGAUUCGGAGAUGAUUCGAGAAGCGUUUCGAGUUUUUGAUAAGGAUGGGAAUGGAGUGAUUACAGCAAACGAGUUUAAAUAUUUUAUGGUGCACAUGGGGAUGCAGUUCAGCGAGGAAGAGGUGGAAGAAAUGAUGCAGGAGGUGGACUGUGAUGGAAAUGGUGAAAUCGACUACGAGGAGUUCGUGAAAAUGAUGUCAGCAGCGUAA